AUGCCAGAUAGUCCUCGUUCGGUGUGUGUUUACUGUGGUUCAUCCGCUGGUAGAAACCCUAUUUAUUCUCAGGAUGCUAAGGAACUUGGUGAAUUGUUUCAUAAGCUAGGAUGGCAAUUAGUCUAUGGUGGUGGUACUACUGGUUUGAUGGGAGAAAUUGCUAAAGCAACCAUGGGUCCUCGUUAUGAUGGUCAUGUCCAUGGUAUUAUCCCCAGUGCAUUGGUCUCAAAAGAACGUCAAUCAAAAGAUGAUGAUAAUAAUACUGGAAAUGAUACAAGUUCAAUUAAGUCUACAGAGUUAGAAGAUCAAAUCAAGAUGGAUGUGGAUAAUCACAAGGGUUCCACCCCGAUUUCUUGGAAAUUCGGUAAAACUACAGUUGUCAACGAUAUGCAUUCUAGGAAGCGAUUAAUGGCUGACGAGAGUGAUGCAUUUGUGGCAAUGCCUGGUGGGUACGGUACGUUUGAAGAGAUUAUGGAAUGUAUCACUUGGUCGCAAUUGGGGAUACAUAACAAGCCUGUGAUUCUUUUCAAUAUUGAUGGGUUUUAUGACUCACUAUUGGAAUUUAUUGUACAUUCGAUAGAAGCUGGAUUUAUCAGUCACUCUAAUGGUAAUAUCGUUCAAGUAGCAACAACUCCUGAAGAAGUGAUACAAAAGAUUCAAGAGUAUAAGGUUCCUGAGGGUAGAUUUAAUUUAAAAUGGGAAGAUGAAGGGAAACCAACCUUAUAA